CAUCUUGGACAGUGGGAAGCUCAUUCCGAGUGUGAUUUCUGGUUUGAGUACUGGCUUAGUUCAUUUCUUUCUGAAAUUUCAUUGAAUACCCACUGAUAAUAAUAUGAAAGGCGUUGUACUAAUUGUAGCUGCAUUAUAUUUUUCUAAGCAGGGUAUGAUUAAGUAAAUAUGGAUCCUCUGCCACCAUAUUCUCCUCCUCCGGCAUAUUCCACUCAUGUGUCUGUGCCAGAUCAUGGGCACAAUCCAUAUUUUAUACCAGUUCCAGACUAUAUAGUAUCUUCUGGUUAUCCAAGCUUCCAGACUCCUGCAGUCAGUCCAGCAGCCUCUAACAAUCCACAAGCUCUUGAAUUUCCAAUGAGCUAUGAUUGUCCAGUGUACCCUGGAAAUGAACAAAAAGUUGCUCAUCUGUCCAACUCUGGGCAUACAUUCAACCCACACAUUCCACCAAACAAUGAACAUCGCAAUUUAGUAGGCACCGCAUAUCCAGCAGGACACAGUGAUUUACAGCAGUAUUCUAAUAAUUCAAUAAAUAGAGGGUAUAUACCAAAUUCAGGAUAUGGACCUAAUGUUCAGGAUCAGGCAACAGGACUCACAAAUGCAGUUGCAGUGAUAGUGCAACCAGUUGUCAUAGCACCUCCUCCGGUGUUUGGGAGAGAGGCUGUAUACAUGACCUGUCCGUUCUGUCGAUCUUAUGUUAUCACUCAACUGUACAGCAAACCAGGGAAGAGGGCCUGGACUGUAUGUUGCAUCCUUGGUUUUUUAGGGUUGGAUUUAGGAUGCUGCCUGAUCCCUUUCUGCAUAGAAAGCUGGAAAGAUGUAACUCACAUAUGCCCUGUCUGCAGAAAUAUUCUUGGCAAGUACAGACCUCACUGAAUAAGUCAGUUGCUGUCUGGAACAACAGUGGUAGUAAUCGUUACAUUAUUAAAAGGAAAUAAACUACUUCCAUAAUAUAGAGGAAAGCUUGUAUUGUUUUACAUAUUUAUGUUCUAGAAUAUUAUGUUGUGGAACGUGUCUAGAUUUCAUACUUUAAGAAAUUGAUUUACUUCGAGAAGCUAUGCAAAUCCAGCUGUUCUUUUAGACAUAGUUGAAGAAGGUUAGAUGUCCUUUUUAAUUUUUUGUUAUAUCUUGUUUUGUACAUGGUUAUCUUACACUGCAUGGGCAAUAACCAGAGUAAUGCAAUAUUUCUUUUAUUUAUUAUUUGUUCACUGAGAAAGUGGACUAGUCUAUUGACCCAUUUCAGCUACAAUCCAAGCUCAAAGAGAAGAAAAUGCAAUGCAGUCUUUCUAAUGAAAAAUAUUAUAUACAGAAGGAGUAGAUAACAAAAUUCGGAAUAUAACAGUGAGAUUCGAUGCAGACAGGGUGAGAUUAAAUGACUCCGAGUGCGGUACGCAAAAGAGACAAAAAUAUAUACAAAAUACAAGCUAAGAUAUGCAUAAAAUACAGGAUAAUCAUUUAUAUAAUACAUAAACUUCUAUAUACAAAUGAAAUAUAUAAGAUGCAACAUUAAGAAGCACAGAAAAGUUCAUUAAAUUUAUUCUAUUACUCAUGAUAUGGGAUGAUAAGUUUCCUAACUAUAUAUAUAUAUAUAUAUAUAUAUAUAUAUAUAUAUAUAUAUAUAUAUACUAAAUAUAAGGUAAAAUGGAAGCUGUCACUGCUGGACAUUUAAUGUCUUAUGCACUGUUUUACUUUACCGUUUUCUCCAAACUACUUGGCACGUGCCAUCACCUGAUCUCUGUGUUCAAAUGUUUUCACAGUGGGUGGUAUGCUUAUAAUGAUACCACCCAACCAUUUUUUGUUUGUUUUUGUUUGGUUUUUCAUAAAAUAAAAUAGUGUAAUUGUCUUUACUGAUACCUCAGAAUAACAAUAUGGUGACGUAAUAAUGCAGUGAUACACGCAUUUCUCAAAGGAAGAUAGAGGUGAUGAUAAAAUCAAGUUCUUGUUCUCUGAAAAAAAAAAAGCAAGUCAAAAAAAAUCAUCAGCAAAACUGUUAUUGCAAACCAGCAAAUAAAUACUUGUCAUUUUACAGUGUAUGCUAAUAUCAUUUAUUCACUGAUAAUAUCUGCAUGUUAACCACUACUCAAAUGUCCUGAUAUAUGAGGCGCUAAACUGAGAAGCACUUUAGUAAACUAUUCAACACAAAUUACAGUUACCUUUCAAGGACAGUAAACAAUGUUUUAAUUUGUGAAGAACAAAAGACAAGCUAUUUCUUUUAACUGCAGCAAGAAAAUUAUGGGUGAUUUAGUGGGGACAUUAUUAUUUUAUAGAAGUAUUACUUGUCCAUAUUAACUGGUCAUCUAGGUUUCUACAAAAUGCAAGGGUCAUGGAAGAAUUAUGGGAAAUUUUAAUUGCAGAGCUAUGUGUGAUGCCAUUAUGAGUCAUGUCAUAAUAUAAUGUGUAUUGAAGAAGCACUUAUGUCACAGAAAAUCAAAGUCAUGAAGGAAACAAGAAAGCUGAAAUGAUCUUUAAAGAACAGAGGAAAGCAAUGCAACAGGAUGUUCUUAGUUGUUACAGAAAACUGUGUUCCAAGAUUUUAAACUAAUUAAGCAAUGUCUUUGCAGAUGACACACUGUGGGUGUGAUUCAAUAAAGCCUACACAAUGCACUAA